UCGCUCAGCUUGUCGUGCAUUCGGUGCGCAACCGCUGCUGCCGCUGCCGCUACUGCUGAAGGGUCAACGCGCGAGGAAUGAGCGUAACGCGGAGCGGUGGUAGGAAACUGCCGCGGGCUUGCAGAAGCUUCUCUCCUCGGCAUGAGCACUGCUGGCACACAGGUAUUGCUUGCCACUGACGAAUGUCUCGUACGUGACCGAAUGCCUCGGGACUAGAUUCGAUUGCAACUGGGCUCGCAGCGAGACCGAGCGAACUCUCUCUCUCUCUCUCUCUCUCUCUCUCUCUCUCUCUCCCUCUCUCUCUUCCUCGCUCUCCCUUGCUCUGUCCGUCUAUCUGUCUAUCUGUCUGUAUAAUCCCCCUCUCUGUUUGGCCGACAUUGUCAACGGUAUUUGUCGUCUUGACGCUGUUCGCCCAGCUUGUCAAACAUGUGUCCGCUCAACGAAUUUCGAUCGGCGUAAUCGACGAAAGCGUUAACGCUCGGCUCCUCGACACGAUAUCCUCGAGUGCGCUCCGGCGAGUGAUCUUUGUUUGCCGACUCUCCAUGUAGCACGUACUUUGCUACAGAGAAAGACGUCGGCGCUCGUUCGGGGCAGUGUGUUCCAUCAAUGCAGGAAGAUUUCGUUGAACGAACUCGGCCCCCGUCUCCCCGCACCAUCGCCUGCGUUCGCUUCAUUCGAGCACGACGAUGCGCGACUCGCGCAUGAUCGCAUUUUCAGCCUGCCAGGGGCUCGUCGCGCUCCUCGUCGAGAAGAAAGAGACCGAGCUUAAUUAAGUUUAGUCCGUAACAAGCCCGCUACAAGAGACACAGAGAGUGCGUGGUAUUAAGGAACAGAAGAAAGUGAUAAGGGUGUUAACUUGAGUACGGGGGAGUGAACGCGGAAGAGAGUGAGAUAGACAGAGAGGCAUUGUCUCUUUGGCGGCGAUUCUUUCGCCCGACGGUACGGGAGGAAAACAAGGAAAAGCCAAAGAGGAUCAACAAGGCAGGAGAGAUGGACUCGCUGGAGCGCCUAAUGAGCACGGUACCUCAUCAACCGGCCCUUACGGCAGCCUCGCGAUCGCAAAACGCUUUCGUUCAAGCCAGCCUCUGCUCAGUGAUUGGCCGUAAGGGCCGUCACCUUACCGGUACAUUUUGUCUUACGGGAGAUACGAUGGAGGGCAUCAUACAGUGCCUCGUCUUCCUCAAAGCCUUCUCGCUCGUGGGAGGUGAAUUUGACAUGGAGCUGAACUUUGUAAUCCAGGAUGCACAAAAUAUCAGGCAUAUGCUGGAGCUCCUCGAUCACUGUCCUCCAAAUUUGCAGGCUGAAAUUUGGAGCGUCUUCAUCGCUAUUCUGAGAAAGAGCGUCAGAAAUCUGCAAGCAUGUACUGACGUAAAUCUAAUCGAGCACGUUCUGCAUCGGUUAUCACGGGCAGAAACUAUUGUUGCAGAUUUGCUGAUCGAUAUGCUUGGCGUACUGGCGAGCUACAGCAUAACGGUGAAAGAAUUGAAGCUUUUGUUCGGCGCGAUGAAGGCAGUCAAAGGGAAAUGGCCCCGGCAUUCGGCGAAGCUUUUGAACGUCCUGCGGCAAAUGCCCCAGCGAAACGGCCCCGACGUCUUUUUCAGUUUUCCUGGACGAAAGGGAUCGGCAAUUGUCCUCCCGCCAUUAGCAAAAUGGCCGCAUGAAAGCGGUUUUACAUUCACGACAUGGUUCAGGCUGGAUCCCAUCAACUCCGUUAAUAUCGAACGCGAGAAGCCGUACCUGUACUGUUUUAAAACCGGUAAAGGCGUAGGUUAUUCGGCACAUUUCGUUGGCAAUUGUCUAGUCCUUACGUCGAUGAAAGUGAAGGGCAAGGGCUUCCAACAUUGUGUCAAAUACGAAUUUCAGCCACGAAAGUGGUACAUGAUCGCAGUAGUGUACAUAUAUAAUAGGUGGACUAAGAGCGAAAUUAAGUGUCUGGUUAACGGUCAACUGGCCUCGAGUACGGAGAUGGCUUGGUUCGUCUCGACGAACGAUCCAUUUGACAAAUGUUAUAUCGGAGCUACGCCAGAAUUGGACGAGGAGCGCGUCUUCUGCGGACAGAUGAGUGCAAUUUAUCUCUUCAGCGAAGCGCUGACCACGCAUCAGAUUUGCGCGAUGCACCGCUUGGGUCCUGGGUAUAAGAGUCAGUUCCGGUUCGACAACGAGUGUUACCUAAAUCUGCCCGACAAUCAUAAAAGGGUGCUUUACGAUGGAAAGUUGUCCAACGCAAUUAUGUUCAUGUAUAAUCCAGUCGCAACGGACUCUCAAUUGUGUCUGCAGAGCGCACCGAAGGGAAACGUUUCUUACUUUGUACAUACUCCACACGCCCUGAUGUUGCAGGAUGUUAAAGCUGUAAUUACGCAUUCCAUACACAGUACCUUGAACUCCAUCGGUGGAAUUCAAGUUCUUUUUCCGUUGUUCUCGCAGUUAGACAUGCCUUAUGAUUGCAUAGCGCCUAAUGACAUCAAACGAGAUCCGACGUUAUGUUCGAAACUACUAGGAUUUAUAUGUGACUUAGUGGAAAGCUCACAGACAGUGCAGCAACAUAUGGUGCAAAACAGGGGCUUCCUUGUGAUUAGCUACAUGCUGCAAAGAGCGAGUAGAGAUCACCUCACUACGGAAGUUCUUGCUUCCUUUCUUGAGCUUACGAAGCACCUAGUCACGUGUCUCAGCGCUAACAGCGACCUCCUGUUGAAGCAGUAUUUCUACUUUUCAUUCGUGAUAUGGCAGCUGCUGGACCACGUCCUCUUCAAUCCGGCCCUGUGGAUCUACACGCCGGCACCCGUCCAGACGCGUCUCUACUCUUACCUAGCCACCGAGUUCCUCAGCGACACGCAGAUCUACUCGAACGUGAGGCGCGUCUCCACCGUGUUACAGACGGUCCACACGCUCAAGUACUACUACUGGGUUGCGAGCCCUCGAAGCAAAAGCGGCAUCACGCCAAAGGGACUUGAUGGACCCCGACCUCAACAAAAAGACAUUCUAGCUAUACGAUCGUACAUCCUACUUUUUCUGAAACAGUUAAUAAUGAUUGGAAACGGAGUUAAGGAUGACGAAUUACAGAGCAUUUUGAAUUAUUUAACGACAAUGCACGAGGAUGAAAAUUUGCAUGACGUGCUGCAAAUGCUGAUUUCCUUAAUGUCAGAACAACCAUCCUCUAUGGUUCCAGCCUUCGAUGCAAAGCAAGGCGUCAGAACAAUCUUCAAACUCCUGGCAGCCGAAAGCCAAUUGAUCAGGUUACAGGCGUUGAAACUUCUAGGCUUCUUCCUUAGCCGCAGCACACACAAAAGAAAGUACGAUGUAAUGAGCCCGCAUAAUCUGUAUACACUACUCGCAGAGAGAUUACUUUUGAACGAAGAGACCCUAACUUUACCUACAUACAACGUUUUGUACGAGAUAAUGACGGAGCACAUUAGCCAACAAAUUCUGUAUACAAGACAUCCAGAACCUGAGUCACACUAUCGAUUAGAAAAUCCUAUGAUCCUCAAAGUGGUUGCAACUCUUAUCAGGCAAUCCAAGCAAACCGAACAGCUGCUCGAGGUAAAAAAGCUGUUUCUUUCAGACAUGACUCUUUUGUGCAAUAAUAAUCGAGAAAAUCGACGCACAGUCUUGCAAAUGUCUGUAUGGCAAGAGUGGCUCAUAGCGAUGGCUUACAUUCAUCCGAAAAACACAGAAGAACAAAAGAUUUCGGAUAUGGUAUACUCGUUAUUUCGCAUGCUUUUGCAUCAUGCAAUCAAACACGAAUAUGGUGGCUGGCGAGUUUGGGUCGAUACUCUCGCCAUUGUACAUUCCAAAGUAUCGUAUGAGGAAUUCAAAUUGCAAUUUGCUCAAAUGUAUGAACAUUAUGAGAGGCAACGAUCCGACAACAUCACUGAUCCCGAGGUUAGGCAACAGAGGCCAAUUAGCACAAUUUCUGGUUGGGAUCAGCAGCAUUCUGGUAACAAUGGCUACACUCGACCAGCUCAAUGGGUGAACGAUCAAUCUCAGGAAAUACAACAUGUCGAUAGCAACUAUAAAGAGUACGAUACGAUAGAGGCAAACGAUCGUCUGGAUGAGUCUUGCAGCUGCGAUCUCAACUCUAUCGAUAACACGGAAAGCGACGGAAGUCCAGCGAUUGUAGCCUCUCGUAAUCAAGUCAACAAUGGCACUCAACAGUCUAGCGAGGUCGUCUCACUAGACUUAAGAUUAAGCGACAAACCAGAUGCAACGCUUACGUCGGCAUACGAAGCAGUGCACACAGAGACGCCAACGAUCCUUGAGGAGGCGAACAGCGAAGUUUCUUUGCAAACGACGCAAGAAACGAGCGAAGUAGUCUCAAUCGAAAGCUCUAGUGAAUUCCUUAGUGAUGCUCAAAAGGUCGAGAGCUCUAGUCCAGAUUCGAUGGUUCACGAGAGUACGAAAAAAGACGAUGAUGCGGAAACUUCAAAUCAGGAUGAACUAAAUAACGAAGAUUCAUUAUCAACCAUCAGAGAAAGCGAGGAGUCAACGCAGACACCUUCCACCGAACCGACGACAGAAAAUGAACCUAAUAAAACCGAACUAGACACGCCCGAAGAUAAGGUAGUCGAUGGCAGUGUUGAAGUAAACGAGAAGGAAGUAACCGCCUCUCCAGUUAAAGAAAUAGCCAACGGAUAUUAUGACAAAUCGGAAGCUAGUGAAACUGACACAACUGCCGUCAAAGAUUUCUCUGAAAUGCCAGAAGACAGCGUUGUUGCAGAGAAAGAUUCUAAAGCAGAUUCUAUUACGAGCAUCGAAGUUGGUGCCGUAAUCGAAAAUGUAAAAGAACCAAGUACAUUAGUCGAAGAGGUAGCUGAAGUUGAAAAACCAGCAGCGACUGAUUCGAUAAAAGAAAAUAAUGUGGUUGAUAAAGUCAAUGAAUCAGAGAAUGCACCUGAAACAAAAGUAGAAGAUUCUUCUAUCGCCGAGGAGAAGCAGGAGAAGGAAAGCAAAAAAGACGAAUCCGAGCAAAUCGAGGAAUCGUCUCAUCAAUCAGUUACGAUUACGGACAUAACAGAAAACGAAGAAAAACAAUCGUCUGAAGUGGAAGAGAUCUCUGAUAAAUUGAACGGUCAAAGUAGUCCGGCAAAAUCCAGCGAGGAAGCUAAAGAAAGUGCAAGUAACGAUGUUGAAAAUAAAGACACAAAUGCUGCCGUGACGAACAGUUCGACGAUUAACGGCGAGUGCGUGGCGAAAGAAAACGAUGAAAAAAGUGCUGUUAUUAAUGGUAACGAUGAUGAAAGCAUAGCAGAACGCGAUACGAAGGAGCCGUCCAUUAUUUCUACUAGCGUAAGUGAUAAAGAGGAGGAAGAAGUCUUGGCUGCACCAACGACGACAACGCCGCUGCCGACGACGACAACAGCUGACGAUGCCAUAGACGUAAACUCUAGUGAUGUUUGUAAUAAUAGCGAUGAUGUUCAAAGUUCUGUAGAUAGCGAGACGCAAGUGCCAAAUGCCAAAGAGCAAGUUCCAACGAUAUCCACGGUCUGCGAUGCCGCAGCGCAAAGCAUAGCCGAUGGUGUUGUGCCUCAAAGCGCUGUUGCUGACACGAGUGCUAAGGACAAUUCAAUGACAACUACCUCUGAAUUUGAUCAUGCAGUUGUCACCGAUGUACAUCGGCGUAGGUCCAGUUUGCCGAAUGUCUCGACGGAAAAUUUGGAUGGUGACGGCAACGAAAGCGACGGUGCCGUGACGUCCCAGAGGAAAAAUUCCUCGCCGCAAAAACGACCAAGGAGUGCCUCAACCUCGACGCAAGUCGAUCCGAAUCAUUUUGAAUCUAAAAGAACGAAGCAACCUAAUCCUUCCACAAGACCGAUGUUCAGUCCUGGACCUUCAAGGCCACCUUUCAGAAUACCAGAAUUUAAGUGGUCGUACAUUCAUCAAAGGCUUCUUUCUGAUGUACUGUUUUCUUUGGAAACUGACAUUCAAGUGUGGCGAAGCCAUUCUACAAAAUCAGUCCUAGACUUUGUUAAUAGUAGCGAUAAUGCUAUAUUCGUUGUUAACACUGUACACUUAAUUUCACAAUUAGCAGAUAACUUAAUUAUUGCCUGCGGUGGGCUUUUGCCAUUGCUUGCCUCUGCUACGUCGCCAAAUAGCGAAAUGGAUGUUAUUGAACCUACUCAAGGAAUGCCAAUCGAAGUUGCAGUUUCUUUUCUUCAAAGACUUGUUAAUAUGGCAGAUGUACUUAUUUUUGCUAGUUCUUUGAACUUUGGAGAAUUAGAAGCUGAAAAGAACAUGUCUAGCGGUGGAAUAUUGAGACAGUGCUUACGACUGGUCUGUACAUGUGCUGUUAGAAACUGCUUAGAGUGUAAAGAACGCGGCAGAACGUACAGCAUGUUAGGUCGACAAAUUGGUACUAAUAAUAAAUCACAGCACAUACAAUCACUCAUUCGUGGAGCCCAAACGUCGCCUAAGAACAUUGUGGAUAACUUAGCAAAUCAACUCAGUCCAGUUAAAGAUCCUGAAAAGCUGUUGCAAGAUAUGGAUGUAAACCGGUUGCGUGCUGUAAUUUACAGAGAUGUUGAGGAAACCAAACAGGCUCAGUUUCUGUCCCUGGCUAUAGUUUACUUCAUCUCUGUAUUAAUGGUAUCAAAGUAUCGUGAUAUUCUUGAACCACCAGUUUCACAACGACCACCUAGCCCAGUUCAGACAAUACAAACUAAUGGAGCUAAUUUGAGGCCAGGCAGUCCAUCAGCGGAGGGGAAUGGUGGUGGAGGAGGGCGACCCCUCUUCCCGCAGUGGUCGCACCACGUGUAUCCCCAGUUCCUCCCGGGGUCCCACCCCAACGCGAACGCGAAUGCCAACCACCAUGUCAGCCAGCACCACCACGAGCACCCACCGGCCUCAGAGCAAGCCCUCCGCCGCGGCCGCCGACAAGCGAACAAUCCCUCGGCCGCCGCCGGCUAUUAUAUACCCAAUCACUAUAGCAACCACCAUAACUAUCACUCCAACAAUUAUAACUAUCAUCGUCACCAUCAUUACCAUCAUCACAAUAACAACAACCAUCAUCAUGCGCUGCAAAAGCAUAUCGAUCAGCCCCGAAAUAUCUAUCAUAGAAACUCUGGUUACGGUCUGCAAGAGAGUGGCGGCGUCAUGAGUCAAUCUGAAUCUCAAGAUGAUGGAGAAUAUGAAGUUAUAAUUGUCGAUGAAAAUAAUUCAUCAAUUUUGGCUGAUCACGAUGUUCCAUCAUCAGGGCCGCCAUCAACUAAGGGUGGCCACAGUGGUGUACCUCGCUCAAGGACUAUCCUCGAGGAAUAUACCUCGACGGAAACGACAAUUUGCCCUACCUCCAGAAAUGAACCACUGCCACGUAACGCACAGAGCAAUGAUUCAAGCGAAGAAACUAUGCACCGCAACAAUGCUACUGCUGACCCAAGUCCAUCUGAAAUUACAACUGACAAUGAAAAUAAACAUAAUUCAUCAGAAGAGGCGUGGACUGACGUAAACCUUAAUGAGGAAGGUGACGCCGUCACGAUACCGCGGGAUGAUCCCAGAAAUAUCCACAAUAUUGCCCAUUCCAGAGGUGAGCUGCCGGACAGCGAAGGCAACGUUCUCGAACAAGACAUGUUAAAUAAUUCCGAAAGAGGCGAGAAGCCUACGACGGAAAUCUCCGUUGUACGUGUACCGGAUCACUUGGUGACCGUAGCCUCUCCGCGACCCGACGACCUGCCCAUCAAGAGCUUAGUCGAGCAUCUGCCUGUGCCGACGCCGUCGCGUGAAGCGUCGCUCACCCAGAAGCUCGAAAUGGCUCUUGGCUCCGUUUGUCCGCUGCUGCGUGAAAUCAUGGUCGACUUCGCACCUUUCCUCUCCAAGACGCUCGUCGGCUCGCAUGGCCAGGAGCUUCUUAUGGAGGGAAAAGGUUUAACGACGUUCAAAAAUAGCAAUUCAGUCGUGGAACUCGUGAUGCUAUUGUGUUCACAAGAAUGGCAAAAUUCUCUGCAAAAGCAUGCUGGACUUGCAUUUAUCGAGCUCAUUAAUGAAGGAAGACUUUUAUCCCAUGCAAUGAAAGAUCACAUAGUGCGCGUUGCCAAUGAGGCUGAAUUCAUAUUAAAUAGGAUGCGCGCAGACGACGUACUUAAACAUGCCGAUUUUGAGACCCAAUGUGCCCAAACUCUUCUUGAUCGACGGGAAGAAGAACGAACAUGUGAUCACCUGAUAACUGCCGCUAGGCGACGAGACAACGUCAUCGCUAGCAGAUUACUCGAAAAAGUUAGGAAUAUCCUAUCGAACAAACACGGAGCAUGGGGUUACAUGGAUCCCAUGGCUGCAAAACUAUCCGAGUAUUGGAAGCUCGAUGCUUGGGAGGAUGACGCCCGGAGGCGCAAACGAUUCGUGCACAAUCCAUUGGGUUCGAGUCACCCCGAAGCGACUUUAAAAGCCGCGUUGGAGCACGGAGCGCCCGAGGACGCGAUCCUCCAAGCCCGCGAGGAAUUCCAUGCUCACCUUGCUGCUUCUCGAGCUCAUCAACAACAGUUGCAGUCGACGGAUCUCAUGGACGAUAGCGAACUGCUGACCGAUGACAGGGACCUCGACUCUGACCUUGCUGGACCAGUCAAUAUUAGUACGAAGGGAAAACUCAUAGCUCCCGGAAUCGUCGCUCCAGGAAUAAUUUCAGUAACGUCAUCGGAGCUGUACUUCGAGGUGGACGAGGACGACCCAGAGUUUAAGAAGAUCGACACUGAGGUCCUGAAGUACAGCGAUCAUCUCCACGGAAAAUGGUACUUCUCGGAAGUCCGAGCGAUCUUUUCGCGACGAUACCUGCUGCAAAACAUCGCGAUAGAAAUCUUCCUUGCAAGUCGAACCUCGAUAUUCUUCGUCUUUCCGGACCAGACGACGGUGAAGAAGGUGAUCAAGGCGCUACCGCGAGUCGGCGUUGGCAUCAAAUACGGAAUCCCACAGACGAGGAGAGCGUCGAUGAUGUCACCUAGACAGCUGAUGAGGAACUCCAACAUGACGCAAAAGUGGCAACGGCGGGAGAUCAACAAUUUCGAAUACAUCAUGUUCCUGAACACCAUAGCUGGACGAACCUACAAUGACCUGAAUCAGUACCCAGUUUUCCCUUGGGUUUUGACCAACUACGAAACAAAGGAACUCGAUUUGAGCCUUCCCAGUAACUACCGUGACUUAUCCAAGCCCAUUGGAGCCUUAAACCCGAGCAGAAGAGCUUACUUCGAGGAACGUUAUCAGAGCUGGGAGCACGACAGUAUUGCACCAUUCCACUAUGGAACGCAUUAUUCGACAGCCGCGUUCGUUCUCAACUGGCUCAUUCGUGUGGAACCAAUGACGACCAUGUUCUUGGCCCUUCAAGGCGGCAAGUUUGAUCAUCCAAACCGACUCUUCUCGUCCAUAGCGUUAUCUUGGAAGAAUUGUCAGCGCGAUACUUCGGACGUCAAGGAAUUGAUACCCGAGUUCUUUUUCCUACCGGAAAUGCUUGUCAAUACCAAUCGAUAUCGACUAGGAAGACAAGAAGACGGCAGCUCGGUCGGCGACGUUGAGCUGCCACCUUGGGCUUCUUCUCCCGAGGAGUUUAUCCGGAUUAACAGAAUGGCACUCGAAUCUGAAUUCGUUUCCUGCCAAUUGCACCAAUGGAUCGAUCUUAUUUUUGGAUACAAGCAGAAAGGUCCAGAAGCUGUACGAGCAACAAACUUAUUUUACUACCUGACGUACGAGGGCAGUGUUGAGCUGGAGUCAAUCGCCGAUCCAGUCAUGAAGGAGGCCAUCGAAAACCAGAUAAGAAAUUUUGGCCAGACGCCUUCGCAGCUUCUCAUGGAACCCCAUCCGCCACGAAGCUCUGCCAUGCAUUUGUCACCGAUGAUGUUCUCGAGUAUCCCUGACGAUGUGUGCAUGACAUUGAAGUUUCCGUCGAAUUCUCCAAUUUGCCACAUUUCGGCGAAUACUUAUCCCCAGUUGCCUCUACCCUCUGUUGUUACUGUUACCGUGGGCCAACAGUUCGCUGUCAACCGAUGGAACACAAAUUACGCAGCAUCGGUUCAAUCACCCAGUUAUGCUGAUACACCCCAAGCUCAAGCUGCGAAUCAGCCUUUAUCAAUGGAUCCUAUCUUAUCGCAAACAGCAAACAGUUCGAAUCCUGCAUUACGUCGACACCUUGGAGACAAUUUCAGUCAGAAGCUGAAAAUAAGAAGCAACUGCUUCGUUACUACUGUUGACAGUCGGUUCCUUGUAGCGUGUGGUUUUUGGGAUAACAGUUUCCGGGUUUUCUCCACUGAAACAGCAAAAAUUGUCCAAAUUGUCUUUGGGCACUACGGUGUUGUGACGUGCUUGUCGCGAAGCGAGUGCAACAUUACGUCUGACUGCUACAUCGCGUCGGGCAGCGCGGAUUGUACUGUCUUACUUUGGCAUUGGAACGCCAGGACGCAAACGAUCGUCGGCGAGGGUGAAGCUCCUGCGCCGCGCGCAACUCUUACAGGUCACGAACAGCCCGUCACGGCCGUUGUCAUCUCCGCUGAACUUGGCCUUGUUGUUUCUGGAUCAUACUGCGGACCUGUCUUGGUGCAUACGACCUUUGGUGACCUAUUAAGGUCGCUCGAACCACCAAGUGGAUUUUCGUCUCCGGAAAAUAUUGCCAUGUCGAGAGAAGGCGUCAUCGUGGCUAAUUAUGAAAGAGGGCACAUUGCUGCAUUUACGAUCAAUGGAAAACGACUUCGUUAUGAAUCACAUAACGACAAUCUUCAGUGUUUACUGUUAAGUCGCGAUGGCGAAUAUUUAAUGACUGGUGGAGACAAAGGCAUAGUCGAAGUCUGGAGGACCUUCAACUUGGCUCUAUUGUAUGCUUUCCCAGCCUGUGAAAGUAGCGUUCGCUCAUUGGCACUCUCUCAUGAUCAACGGUUUCUCUUGGCUGGUCUUGCAAACGGUUCCAUUGUCAUUUUCCACAUUGACUUUAACCGAUGGCACCAUGAAUUUCAACAGCGUUAUUGAAAUUUCUUUUUAGACUUCAUCGAACGAAGAAGUGCCAGAAAACGUAGAAGAUGUCACCGACAUAGAUUUGUACAGUAAAAAUCAAUUCAGAACAUCGAGAGGGGACUUAAUUAUAUACAUGCGAAUGGAUAUUUUGUAAGUAAAUACCUCAGAAACUAAAAACUUAAAGGGUCAUUAUCUUAUCUAGAGACUGAUAAAAAAUGCGAGUCUCUGCGCUCUUAAAAGUGAAAUGAAAAUAACGCCAAAUUAAACAUGAAAUAAAUAAAAAGUUGUCGUCAGAAAAAAUGUAGAUAAGCAAAAUCUCUUUCUCCGUCGAAGUGUAAAUGAGUCAAAACAACGCUAGUCAAUUAUGGAGACUUAGAUUUUUACUUAUCUUGGAAAAAAUAAACAGAAAACCUUACGUCGCGCAAGAUCGAAAACAAAAAAUUAUCAAUAACACAAAGCUCGUUGCUGACCCCUCGAACACACCAAUAAGAUGCCAAACUCUGUAUGUAACAUUAUUUUUAUGCUUCGAGGCAGAUGUGGGUCUGGUCAAUGAUCGCUUAGCGAAUUCCAUGUAAAUACGAUACAUCAUAUAUAAAUAAUAUAAAUAUAUAUAUAUAUAUAUAUAUAUAUAUAUAUAUAUAUAUAUAUAUAUAUAUAUAUUGUAUAUCUUCAUGUUAUGCAUCGCAAAAAGCCUUUGCCAAGGUAUCGGUAUUAUAUAUUUAUGCGCCGACGUAACAUUGCCGCCGAUCGUGAGAUCUGGUCGCUCCUAGUGAAUCACGUAACACUAAAAAAAAAAAAUGAAAACCGAUAUUUUAUAAUGGACUAGUAUGUUAAACGUGCUCAGAAAAUAAGCCAUAAAAAUUGUUCUUUACUCAUCAAAUAAUACUCGUAUACCUAAAUAUAUAGAUGUAUAACCUUAGAAAAGUAAAGUAAAAUUUUAAAAAACGCGCGAUCCCGUCAAUAGCAUAAAAGUAUGCAUAAAUUGUUAGUACGGAAUUGCUCAUUUUUUGAAUGCUUUAGAGUAACGCUCUUCGUAAUCUUUGUAGAAAUUCGGUAGAUGAAAUCGCUGUAGUAAAAGUUUUGAAUACAUUUUUAAGAUGCAUCUGUAUGGCCGAUGUUUAAAGAACAAUUUUUAUGUAACUAAAAGUGUAGAAUUUUAUAAUUCACUGUAAAAAUUGAUUAUUCAUGAUCACCGAUUUUACAUCAAUGGUGACGGUAGAGAAGAAAAGGCGAGAAAAUAAUGAAUAUUGCAGAAUAUUUGUCUGAAUUAAAUGGUGCGAUAGAAAGGCAAGGCACACGCAAACUAUUCCGCAGCCCUCCCCAAACAUACUAUAUUAAAAUUCGCGUCCUUCGAAGAGAUCCUAAUUUUAUCAGUGCCGUCCAGCUUAACUUUGUGAGGAUAUUUCCUAAUAUUUUCGCACGCGAGUCUGAAGAGAAAAAUGAUAAUCAAGACGAAUCCGAUAUGAAAUUUAAGAAAAUUUUAAACAUAAGCUUUUUAAUGGCGUCAAGCUCUGUCGAUAUAAUAAUUCGUCGUGUGAUCCAGUGUAAGAAUAAUGCUGACGAAGUAAUGAAAAGUAAAAAAGCAAAGAUUUGAAGAGAUGUGACGAACAAGAGAAAAAUGAAUCAUUGCAUCGUCUCUCUUUUCUUCACAUUGCUAAGAUGGAUAAGCGUUGUUACUGCACGCCUCAAAUGACCUUUUUAAACACGCAAAUAUGCACCGUUUCUUUUAUACGACUUACAAAUGUCAAGCGUAAUUAGAUGAAACGUAGUUAAAUAGAAGAGAUUAGAUCAUUACUAGAAUUUUAUUAUAAUCUUGUUAAAGAAGCCAGUUCUUCUCUUAAUCUAUCAAAAGAUUCGAUAGCUUGUGAAAUUAUUAAUUAUAAUCGGCUUGUUAAUACAUUCCUUAAUAUGACCGUUUUAAUUAUUUUUUGUGUAUAGAAGUAAUUGGACUGUUUUAUUUCGUUUUAUUUCAUUGGUUAUAGUGCAUUGCUGAAUUAUAUAUGUACUUUGUUUAUAUACAAUAGCGAUGGUGAUGAAGAUUUUUCAUGUAAUAGUUUAUAUUUAUUUGAUUAAAAUACUACUAUUACGACAAUUUUAGCAAAGCAGAUCAAUUUUAUAGAUUAAAGAGAAGUUUAUUUAUUUUCAACUAUUUACGAAUGAUUUAUUAAUCGGUUUGCCGACACGCAAAGGCUAGCUAAAACUAUCAUUGGUUUUCACAUGUUUACUAGUCACAAAUAUAUGUUUCACAUUAUUUUAUCGUAUUAAAUACACUAGAGAGGAGGAAUUAACACGCUAUAUUCCACUUACAAGAAUUUAGGCAUAAGAUAGUAACGAAAAUAAUAAUAACAAUAAUUAUUAUACAUAAUUAUAUAAUUAAUGAUGCUGAAAAUAAAUAUAUUAAUAAUAUGAAUGGGCAUACAUGCAAAGCCUGUAAUCCGUCGCUUCUAUAGCAGUGAAAUGUGCCGAUUGAGCUUGCGAUACUUACCACGCGACGUUGAUAAGCAAAGAAAAGUAAUAGAAUAAUAAUGUAAUCUUACAGAAUUGUGCACUAUGUGGUAUCAUGAGCAACAUGUUUUCUCCGAACGUCUCGUAUCUAUUUUAUUUUUAAAUAAUAUGCUUUUUCGUUAAUUCGAAAAAUGCGUUCGUAAGAAAGUGGAAAGGAUGAGCAAGAAACUCGAUAAUGGAUUGACGAUUGGAGGCGCUCAUUUUUCUUGUGCGCCCAAGUGGAAAUAUAUAAGCAGCACGCUGUAAAAUUUAACACGCACGACAGAGAAACAAAAGAAACCGUAUUACCGCAUAUAAAGUUAUGGAGUGAGAGCGCUUCAUUGCACGUACGUUAUUAAUGUAUGCCGAUUGUACGUAAUUACUUAUGAUGUAUACAUACGUAUGUUAUAAUUAUUAAUAUGUACAGUGGCAUUUGAUGUCUUGAAUAAAUGCAAAAAGAAGCAAAAUAUUCGAACUCACAUUCCGCUUGCAUUUUUACGUAUUAAAAUACAGUUGGCGAACAGUCGGGUGAAAAAAUGAAACAAAUUAAAAAAAAAUAAUGAUAAACUAACUGCGUAAUUUUAUGAAGAAGAAGCAAGCGGAAGCAAUUAUUGUGAAGAGCGUUUUUUAUAUAUUUGUUUAUAGUGUUAUUAGUAAAUUCCCUCCAUACUGCUAUAGCGAGUAUAACUAUAAUGAAAAAUGUAAAAGAUAAUGAGACGAUCGGGGAAGAAGGCUGGAGCCGAUGUUUUUCUGUCCGGACUUGAAGAAUUUGAGUCAAGUGCGUAAAGUAGAUGUGUAACGCUAUUUUAAAUAACGCUAAGUACAAGGUUAUUAUUACAAGAGUGCAAAGUUAAAAAAAAACUGAGCCUGUGAGCGGUAGAAAAAGCGAGAGAAAGAGAGCGUGCAUGAAUGGAAAUCAAGUGCGAGAGAAAGAGAGAGCUUUUAUCGAUUACACGAAAUAUAAAUCAUCGGAAUACUGAUCAUUAUUAACGUACUUAAUAUAUUAUAAAUAUAUAAAUAAAUAUACAAAACCGCCGAGGUAUGGAGCAUAGAUUUGUAUAUUUGAGCGACUAAGCACAUUUAAUGUUUGAGUGUGACGUUAUUUUACUUACCUGUCGUCAUUAUCCGUCGUAAGCUAUCGAGCGCGUAAUGUACGAGUUGUGUAAAGUUUUAUCUGGUUUGUUGUUAAAUAUGAUAAAAAUAAUGAUAAUCCUGUACGUUGAGGUGCGUCUGUGGGGUUGGACAAUGAAAAAUCUUUAAUGUUUUAUAAGUGUGAUUGCGGCAUUAUAAGGAGGAAGAAACUAACUUUCAAAAAUUUUCGCGUGUGGAUUCGACAAUUUUUACGAUGCACAGUUGACAGAUUUUAUCAAACCGUCAACUUUGAGCCUGUCUUGGAAUACGUGUCAUUUUUAAUUAUUAUUAAUUUUGCUUUUUAAGUAUUCAAUUUUUAAUACUGAGUGACCAAGUAUAAUUCAAAGCUUUUGGAAAGCAAGUUGACGCAUCGAUGAUUUUAAUAAAAAAAAUGUAUCCAAUUCGAGUAAAGGAGGAUAACUAGAUUCCUUACAACCAUCCAAGACAGUGCAAUAAAAAGCAAGCGAAGUAAGAAAAUCAUACCCGCCACUUUUACAAACUACUAUUAAGUAGUCAAGGUACUUAAGUCGUUGCUACUUAUACCUAUUUAAGCUCUAUUGCUUAUUUUAUACUUAGAAAUACCGUAACAUUUCAGCUAGCGACUAAUAUAAUGGAAUGAUAAACGCAAAACAGACACACAAACACAAGUUGUAUUCCAGAUUAUGAGGUAGAAUAAUCUGUAAAAAUAAUUAGACGAAUAAAUGAAAAGUACAUUUGAUGUUGCAGAUCA